UCUCUUCCACACGGCAGAAAGUACACACUUGAAGUUUAAUCGCAGAUACAAGAGAUACGAGGGAUGAGAGCUCGAGCGCAGCCGCACAGAAGCGAGAGUGGAACGUCGCCGACGGGGUCUAACCGGUCCAGAACAACUCGGAGCUUUUAAGCUAUUUGCGUGGAAGGGUGGAUUUAAUCAACGUGGAACACUGAAAAGCAUGCACUGAGUUUGAACAGUACUCGCCGCUUGUUUUUAAACUUUCGAGAAAAGGGUGAAUAUCAGAAAGCUAACGGAAAAGGGUUGGGAAAAGGAGUGCAGUCGGAACACUGGCUACGGGGUUCUACCAGUUUUGGGAUGUAGCCAGUUGAAUCGGAAUGCGUUGUAUUUUUGAGGACAAGGUUUUUAGUAUAACUGUCGACACGGGUGCAGUUAAAUAGGCUACACGGGACAUAAGGAGUGCAUUUAAACCGAGAUUAUGACACUAAUGGGACAUUAAUAUUUAGCAUCAGAACAAGUAAUUACAUCCCUUCAUCUGAACAGUUCGAGCAGAGAAUACUUCGUCAACAUGGACACAUUACGGAUUGCAAUGCGAGACGCGUCUCUGGUUUAUUCAAUGCUUCUUUUGACUUCUUUUUGGAAAGAGUCAGAGUGUCGAGGUGGUGGAGACACCCAGCCAAGGUUCUCCUCCUCUCUGCCCACCUACUUUCCUGUCUCCUGCCAGCUGCAGGGCGCCGACUCCUCCUUUUUCCUUCGGGAGGCAGGACAGGAAGUGAUGCGUAAUGGCAGCCUGCAGACGCGCACCGAGCCCUUCUUCCUCCACCAACCAGAGGCGGGCGCCGUCCCCCUGCCAUCCGUCAACUGUAGCUACGGCAACCUGACGGCUGAGGCCCCCGUGCCCCUAGAGUUGCUCCAGGGGUCCCCGCGCCUCCUUGGCCCCUCCCCCACCCACAUCACCCUCAACUGGAAGGUGCGUGCCCAUGUGGUGAGCCGCAGGGUGGGCUCAGCACGCCCCCUCGUCCAGGUGCUGUUCUACCUGGCUGGCCGUCGCUGGGACGAGGCAGCCCCCCUUCCGGAGCAGCUGCCCUGUGUGCGGGUGAUAGCGGUGCGGGAGCCCAGCGAGGCCUCCCCAUCGGCGAGCUGCAGGUUGAAUGAGGUGGGGGGUGGCGUGGGGAUCUGUGUGGCCCGCUUGGAGCUGCCUGUUGACUGGUUCACCCCGUCUCCAGGUCGGAAGAGGCUCCCGGAUACGGCCCUGACUGGAGUGGAGCUGUACUACUCUGUACAGCCCCUAGAGGGUGAGAGCGAGGAGUGCCCAGCCAUCAAGGAGCAGAGAGGGCAGAGUGGAGCAGUAGGGGACAUGCGGAGUGCUGGGCCCGUGGGGCUGGUGGUGGGGCCAGCGAGGCCCAGGGGGGAGAGGCUGAGACUGGAUGACAACGUGGAGAUCCUGGUGCCUCCCAGCCCCAUUAGACUGGGACAGAUGGUGGGCUUCGGGAUCAGCAUGAGUUCUGUCUCUAGUUUAGAGCAGUUCACUCUCAGAGCCCUGUUCAAACAAGGAGUCAACUUUGUGUCAGUGAAGCCCAGCAAUGUGGCUUCUGCCUGGGAGAUCAAACAGGAAACGCUACCCGGAAGUCCCUCAUUGUCCGUGUUCUGCCAGAGGAAGGCCAGCUCUACAGGGGAAAGGUUGGAGGGCUCCUUUUACGAGAUGAUGCAGGUGGAGUUUGAGAUGGACAACAUCAUCAACCUACAGUCUACGCAGACCAUCCAGUGGCAGAUCGAGUAUCCCUCCACAGGCACACAGGCAGAGGCCGUCUCCCACCUCUACAUCAGCCAGAGAGACAUCCAGGGCAUCGUACCCCUGGCCGAGGACACAGAGAUCGUGAACACGGCCAUCCUAACAGGCAGGCGUGUUGCAGUCCCGGUGAAGGUGGUCACAGUGGAGUGGGACGGUACUGUGAGGGAAGUGGACGAUACGGUCGGCUGUACGUCCACUGACGAGGACGUGGUCAAGGUGUCUCCUGGCUGUGAUACAGUGCUGGUGAAUGGGAAGGAGAUGCGUGGUAGACAGUCUCUGAUGGUCAACUUCACCUACCUGUACCUGAGCACCCAGCUGGAGCUGACUGUGUGGGUGCCUCGUCUGCCCCUGCAGAUGGACGUGUCUGACACGGAACUCAGCCAGGUCAAGGGAUGGAGGGUGCCCAUCUUUUCCAACAAGAGGCCCACCCGCGACAGUGAGGAUGACGAGGAUGAUGAGAGGAAGGGCAAAGGCUGCACGCUACAGUACCAGUAUGCCCUGGUGAGGGUGCUCACCCACUUUGUAGCGGAGCCAGCAGCCCCUGGUGGGGAGCUAGUCUACAUGCUGGGAGUGGACUGGCAGGCAGACAUCACAGACCUGGUUCUGGACUACCUGAAGGUGGAAGACCCACGCAUUGCCCGGCUGCUGGAGGGACGCGUCCUGAUGGGCAAGGACCUGGGCAUCACCACUAUCCAGGUCCUGUCCCCUUUGUCCGACUCUAUCCUGGCAGAGAAGACCUUAACGGUGAAAGAUGACAAGGUGACCAUCACAGACCUGGGGGUCCAGCUGGUAGCGUCUAUAACCAUGAACAUGCAGUCAGGAAGCAACCAGGCCAUCGCACUAACCACUACCGCCCAGGACCUACUGCACAGCCCCAAACAGGAAGCUGUCAUCAGCGCCUGGAUCCAGUACAGUGACGGCUCUGUAACUCCCCUCGACAUCUACGACCCCAGAGACUUCACGCUGAGCGCCACCUCCCUGGAUGAGGCGGUGGUGUCCACCUAUCAGGAGCAGCCACUACGCUGGCCCGUGGUGGUGGCCGAGGGUGAGGGCCAGGGACCGCUGGUCCGAGUGGAGAUGGUCAUCUCCGAGACCUGCCAGAAGUCUAAGAGGAAGAGUGUCCUGGGUAUGGGUGUGGGCAGCGUCAGGGUCAAGUUUGGCCAGAACGACGUGGAGCUGAGGGGCCAGGACGAGGGAGAGGGCGGGCUGGAUAACAGCACCAGCGACCAGAGACAGAAGGGCCUGGAGGGAGACAAGGCUGGAUCGGACGGCUGGAAGCACACCAACGCUGCUUCAGACCGUGAGGAGGGCGCCAUGAGGAAGACUAGCACCACCACUAAGACCGCUGUCACCCACCGGGCUGGAGGCAACAAGCACAGCAGUGGGGGCAACAACCGGGGGACAGGGGGCCAGAACGCCCCCGUGGACUACACCAGCUUCCCUGCCCAGGUGGACGUACCUGGGGGCGCGGAGAGCGACCUGUCUCAGACCCUCCGGGGUUUAUCCGACCUGGAGAUCGGCAUGUACGCCCUGCUGGGGGUCUUCUGCCUGGCCAUCCUGGUGUUCCUCAUCAACUGUGUGAGCUUUGCCUUCCGCUACCGUCACAAGCAGCUGCCCGCGCUGGAGCAAGGCAACAUGAACCACGCCCACGACUGGGUGUGGCUGGGCAACGAGGCCGACCUGCUGGAACACCACAGUGACCAGCGCCAGUCGCCGCACCAGGACGAGUGCACCACCAUCAUUGAUCGGAGUGAGGGCUACGAGGAGAGCAAGUAUCUGCUCAACGGAGGGGGUAAUGUGGAGGUGCAGAGGACCUCCACCCAUGGCCAGACCCUCCCCCGCUCCCUCUCGGAGCCCCGGCAGUGCGCCGGCAAGGAUCCGGCAGGCAAGGCAGAGCCUCUCAACAACUCCCCCAGCGCUGCCAAGCGCAAGCGGGUUAAGUUCACUUCCUUCGCCACAGUGCUGCCUGACGAUGGGGGGCCCUACACUAACUCCAUCCUCAUUGGCAACGAGGACGAUAUCAAGUGGGUGUGCCAGGACAUGGACCUGGGUCCAUCGGCAGAGAUCAGAACCUACAUGGAGAGGCUACAAGACAAUCUGUGAGAGAGAGAGAGAGAGAGAGAGAGAGAGAGAGAGAGAGAGAGAGAGAGAGAAGAGAGAGGUGGGUAGAGAGAAGAUAGAGGUGGGUAGAGAGAAGGACAGGGGAUAGGAGAGAAGGUGACCAGGAAGAGAGGACAGAUGGUCGGUAUGGGGAAGGACAGGGGAUAGGAGAGAAGGUGACCAGGAAGAGAGGACAGAUGGUCGGUAUGGGGAAGGACAGGGGAUAAGGAGAGAAGGUGACCAGGAAGAGACGACAGAGGCUGGGUAGAGAGUGACCAGGAAGAGACGACAGAGGGUGGGUAGAGAGUGACCAGGAAGAGACGACAGAGGGUGGGUAGAGAGUGACCAGGAAGAGACGACAGAGGGUGGGUAGAGAGUGACCAGGAAGAGACGACAGAGGGUGGGUAGAGAGUGACCAGGAAGAGACGACAGAGGCUGGGUAGAGAGUGACCAGGAAGAGACGACAGAGGCUUUGUAGAGAGUGACCAGGAAGAGACGACAUAGGGUGGGUAGAGAGUGACCAGGAAGAGACGACAGAGGCUGGGUAGAGAAAGAAUAGAACAAAGAAGGAGGAGAGGGUUCCAAAUGGUUCUAGACAGUAAAGCCAGAUAGUGAAGAUAUAUGGGCAGUGUAAAUUCACAGAGAACAUUAGCUCUGAGGACAUAUUGAACAAAUAUGUGGCCAGACAGCAGUGCAAAGGAACAGACAUGAACUACAGAGUCACAUAGAAUAGCCUACCAUGUAAGUGAUAGAUUUAUUUCAUUGUAAUCGUCUUUAUAUAUUUAUAACAACAUUUGUUUAGGUCUGAAGUAAUACACAUACAAAAUUAUAUUAUGUAUUGUGACAUUGUUUUGCCUCGCAGACAUGGCAAUUAAACCUUGCACCAUGGCAAUUUAGAAUAUAAUUGUCAUAUUUCAGAAAAUGAACAUGACAUAUGUUGGCAUACUAGUCUUACACAACAGUCUGUGCUGUCAAUACUCUCAAUUCUCAAUUGCCAGGAGAUACUGUAAAGGUCAUUUUUUGAACUGUGAAUUUCUGGAAGUCCGUGCUCCUUCUUUUCUCUUGGGAGUAUGUCCUCCUACUCAGAGUAAAUGCACAACAACACAGUACUAUCUGGCCAUAGCCCUUGAACCCUGAAGUUGUCAUCAUCAGCGCACACAACCUGUGUGAAACAAUCUUUUUUUUAACUAUGUCACAACAACAACGACAUGUAUAAGAAGCCAAGUGUAGAGAGUGUGAUUUGGACAGUGUGAUUUGGACAGUGUGAUUUGGACAGUGUGAUUUGGACAGUGUGAUCUGGACAGUGUGAUUUGGACAGUGUGAGGACAACUCUGUGGUUUCCCCAAACAACGCAUUGUUCUGGAAUUCUGAGUUCUAAUAGGAGAGUCUUGGAAAGAAAUGUUAUUCCACGACUCCAAGACAAAGGUAUUCACUUGCACAAUGGACAGAAACUGAAAGUAGCCAAUGGAGGUUGUUCUCCUGACUAGCCUGACCCUGGCCUCUUCACCUUGUAUCUGGACAGGAAUGCAAAGACUGCACAACAGGCCUGGGACCUCCACAGAGCAAGACAGGACUUUCCAAACACUGGAUGUGGAUGUACGACUGAGGAUGGGAUCUAAUGUAAACUAUGUCCUGUAGGACUACAAACACCAGAGACUCUGUGGUGUUCAGUACACUACAGAACCCUAACAGGACCUGCGACAGUGGAGUGGCAUGUCCGUCAGAGUAUGUUGUUGUGUUCCCCCACCCCAUACAUUUUUGUCAGGCUGUGCAUUUAUGAACAUUGGAACAUUAACCGACCCCACCCCCAUGUUUCUUCUUCAUUUGACAGAUUCUUAUGUUUGAUUUUGAAAGAUGUGAAAGAUCUGUCGUUCCCUUCCCCUGUUGUUUAAUUUAUUUGAUGGUCAGCAAGGGUGAGGAGAGCGAGAGAGGAGCAUCAGCUCUCAGUCAGCUCAGUGAGAGAGGAACAUCAGCUCAAUGAGAGAGGAACAUCAGCUCAGUGAGAGAGGAACAUCAGCUCUCAGUCAGCUCAGUGAGAGAGGAGCAUCAGCUCUCAGUCAGCUCAGUGAGAGAGGAACAUCAGCUCUCAGUCAGCUCAGUGAGAGAGGAGCAUCAGCUCAGUGAGAGAGGAACAUCAGCUCUCAGUCAGCUCAGUGAGAGAGGAACAUCAGCUCUCAGUCAGCUCAGUGAGAGAGGAGCAUCAGCUCAGUGAGAGAGGAACAUCAGCUCUCAGUCAGCUCAGUGAGAGAGGAACAUCAGCUCUCAGUCAGCUCAGUGAGAGAGGAGCAUCAGCUCAGUGAGAGAGGAACAUCAGCUCUCAGUCAGCUCAGUGAGAGAGGAGCAUCAGCUCUCAGUCAGCUCAGUGAGAGAGGAACAUCAGCUCUCAGUCAGCUCAGUGAGAGAGGAACAUCAGCUCUCAGUCAGCUCAGUGAGAGAGGAGCAUCAGCUCAGUGAGAGAGGAACAUCAGCUCUCAGUCAGCUCAGUGAGAGAGGAAGCAUCAGCUCUCAGUCAGCUCAGUGAGAGAGGAACAUCAGCUCUCAGUCAGCUCAGUGAGAGAGGAACAUCAGCUCUCAGUCAGCUCAGAUGAACACUCACACAGAGGGAACAGUGGAAGUGCAUUGUAGAUUGUAAGAUUGUAAUAUUUAUAUAUACAUGUAUUACAGAGAAGUUGAUGUAAAUCAAAUGCUUCAGAGUGCUAGUUGAUAAGAGCAGGUCACUAGCCAACAUGAGGAUUUUGGUACAUAAUACAGUGCAAAUGGAGGUAUGUUAUACACAGUAUAUCUGCCAUUACUGUGUUAAAGUGUUUCUUUUUCAUGGUUCUUUAUGGUUCAGUUCAAGAUGUUGAAUCUAAGUGCUUGUAAUUGUACAGGGUAAGAAUUGGUUUGCCUCUCCAUUCAGAUGAACGUGGUGGCAAAUCUUACACACCAAAUCCAGAGCUCGUACUCACAGGGGUGGGCAACUCCAGUCCUCAAGGCCCUGAUUGGUGUCACACAUUUUCUCCUUCCCCAGCAAACACAGCUGGUUAAUCAAAUGUCAUUCUAAACUGAACAUCAUGAUUAGGUGAAUAUUGGAGUCAGGUGUGUUAGCUGGAACUGGGGCAAAACUGUGACACCAAUCAAGCCACCCGAGGACUGGAAUUGCCCAUCCCUGUUAAACAUAGAGAGUAGAACAUAGACACACGAAUGGCAAUCAGUUUCCAGCGAUGAGAACUGCGUAGAGACAAUUAUAUACGACUGACCACGACGUGCAUUUAACUCGUUGACCACAAUGAUCCAAGACUUGAAUGGAUUUGAAACUGUAACCCUUAAGUUCCGGAACAGAUCUCCUCACAGACCCUCAAGGUGUCCACCAAAGCAAUAGGACAUGGAAACUGAAGAUGAUAAUCAAUGGAAUCCUGUUAUAUUACACCUCAAAACACAACAACAGAUGUAAAGUCUAGGCUCGUUUCAUAAAGCGUCAGAACAGUAAUACGAACGCGUUUUGUUUUGUGGUUAUGCAAUGCGAUCAAAACCUCCCAUUUUGUUUCCAUUGUAGUGAAGUAAAAGUACUUGGUAAGUAGAUCAAGUGUUUCCCCCCGAGCAGUGAAUGGGACUGAAAAGCAAUAUGUCCUGCUGAGCCUCUGGAGUUUCUACUCAAGUCCCGUCAUUGUUUUCUCUGAACAGAACAUAAAGUGAAGCAAACAGACUUCCUAAUAUGGAUGCCGUACAUUGUGUUGAGUGAAACCAUAGAUGUUUUAGUUCAUUUCUGAUCUCCUUUCUUUUCCUUUUUCUGUAUUUUUCUUUUCUUUUCUUUUUUCACAGUUAUGUUUUAAAAUGCAAGGGUUUUGUGGACGUGGACAAUAAAGAGAUCUAUGUAUAUAAAUGCCUUGAAAUGUU